AUGGGUAUUUUAAUUUUAAGGAAUGAGAUUAAAUUGAGGGGUUUGAAUAUAGGGGUAUCGGGAGCAAGAUUUCCCAAGAAACCUGGGGGAUCACUCUUAUCCCUCGAGACACGUCACUCGGUCGACUCACCGUCGACGUCAACGUUCAUGAGUCCAGUACCACCUGUCACGGCUCACCACCAGACCAAACCACCAAAGGAAUCCACUGUCCGUGGGACUAUGGCCCAAUGGACAAGGCGUCUGACUACGAAUCAGGAGAUUCCAGGUUCGACCCCUGGUAGUCUCACACUUAUUUUUGACUGUCACUGUGGUAAAUGUUGCGUUUUCGAUCCGAGUUAUUCUUCUAAUGCUAUGUCAGAGUUGACAUCGGUAACCAAAAUCGGGAUUUACAAGCAACCAGUAAUGGUUGACUUUUUAGGAUAA